GCGCCGCGUCGCUGGCCCCGAGGGGCCGGGAGGAGGCGGAGGACGGGCCGGGACGCGGUCGGGGCGGGCGCCGGGACGCCAGCCACCGGCGUUUCGGUGCCCAGACGGCGGCGCGGCGGCAGCAGCCCAGUCUCCGUCCCCGCGGCGUCCCCGCGCCCGGGUCUCCUGGCUCCCGGGCCGGCCAUGCCGCCGCCCGCGCCGCCCACCGAGUUGGUGCCGUCGGAGCGCGCCGUGGUGCUGCUGUCGUGCGUGCUGUCCGCGCUGGGCUCCGGCCUGCUGGUGGCCACGCACGCCCUGUGGCCCGACCUGCGCAGCCGGGCGCGGCGCCUGCUGCUCUUCCUGUCGCUGGCCGACCUGCUCUCGGCCGCCUCUUACUUCUACGGGGUGCUGCAGGACUUCGCGGGCCCCUCGUGGGACUGCGUGCUGCAGGGCGCGCUCUCCAGCUUCGCCAACACCAGCUCCUUCUUCUGGACCGUGGCCAUCGCCCUCUACCUGUACCUCAGCAUCGUCCGCGUCGCGCGCGGGCCCAGGGCCGACCGCCUGCUCUGGGCCUUCCACGUCGUCAGCUGGGGGGUUCCGCUGGCCAUCACCAUGGCGGCUGUCACUCUAAAGAAGAUUGGCUAUGAUGCCUCAGACGUAUCCGUGGGCUGGUGCUGGAUCGACCUGGAGGCUGAGGAUCGCGUCCUGUGGAUGCUGCUGACAGGGAAGCUGUGGGAGAUGCUGGCUUAUGUCACGCUGCCCCUGCUGUACCUCCUGGUCAGGAAGCACAUCAGCAGAGCGCACGCGGCGCUCUCAGAGUACCGGCCCAUCCUCUCCGAGGUGCACCAGUUGCAGCGCCGCUCCUCUGUGGCCGACAAGAAGCUGGUCCUCAUUCCGCUCAUCUUCAUCUGUCUCCGGAUCUGGAGCACCGUGCGGUUCAUCCUGACCCUGUGUGGCUCCCCAGCAGUGCAGACGCCGGUGCUGGUUGUUCUGCACGUAGGGCAUCGGGAACACGUUUCAGGGAGGUGCCAACUGCAUCAUGUUCGUGCUCUGCACCCGCGCCGUGCGGGCUCGGCUCUUCAGCCUCUGCUGCUGCUGCUGCUCCUCCCAGCCUCCCGCCCAGAGCCCAGCCGGCCCUCCCGAGGCUCCUGCACCCUCCAAGAUGGGAGAAUCUCAGGACAGGAGAAUCCCAGUGAACCCCAGAGCAACUUCCCAGCACCUGAGCUUUUGCCCUUCCUAGCUCUCUGCCAGGUGCAGCCUUCUUGGGACAGGUGGUUCUAUGAGUCCCCCUGAGGGGAGUGGGAGGGGAUGUCUGCUGCACCAGAGUCCCUGCUGUCAAAGCUCUUGACCCCAGUGGGGGAACAGCCGCCGACUCAGCUUCUACCUCCUAGACCCUCAGGCAGCACGUUCCGCUCAUACCCACGUCCUGGCACACUUGGGGGCUUCAUCUGCAUGAGAGCAGUGAUGACAUUCAGGGAAACCACUGGUGCAUGAUCACCCCCAGGGUGCCUCUAGUCCGGUUUACUGUUUACAGAUUGAGGGGCCUGCACCUGUGCUCCCCUCUUUCAUAUGACUAAAUAAAAUGUCAGAGGAUCCCAGAGAUGUGUCCCCCACCCAGGCACCAUGGAGCAGAUCCCUGGUUUCUCAGAGCACUGAGAUUCCCUGGAGAAGCCAGAUUUUCUUGGAUAGCUUUGCUGGUCAACAAAGGAGCCGGUUACCUUUAACCAGGUUGAAGGUUCCCCUGAGCUUGUGUGGUGACUACCACGAAUGAACACAGCCCGACACCGUUCAGGGAUGCCCGUCUCCUUGGGGCCUCCUGGAUUCUCUCUCUGUGGGCUGCCAGUCCUUGCUGUAGAUUGUGUGUGAGUUUCAAGCACAGGCCAGAAUCCAGACUCCUGCCUCCCCCAGUCAAUCCCUUAUCAGACGGGCUGCCUCCUUCCAGUGCACAGGCUGGAGCCAGGACGAGAGGAGGGUCCCAAGGAGUCCCUGGGGACGCCUUGCUGUCUCUCCAGGCCUUUUCUUAUAAUCUUCCUGUUCUUAGGGUGAGUUGGGAGGAGAUCUGGCAUAUUCACUCCCUAGUUUGGUUUCUUGUAGGAAAGGUGACCAGAGAGUUAGUGAAUGGUCCAAAUACCGAUUCCUCCUGAAGGUAAAGGUUUUAAGAUCCAACCGUGGAGGUCUGGCCCGUGGCUCACUGGCUGAGCGUGGUGCUGACAACACCAAGCCAAGGGUUAAGAUCCUCUUACCGGUCAUCUUUAAAAAAAUAAAUAAAUAAAUCCAGCCGUGGGCUGGCUGGUUGGCUCAGGUGGUUAAAGCUUGGUGCCGAUAAGAUCCAGACAUUUUGGUAGUCGGGUGGGGGAAGUGGGGACAUGGAUCAUGGGGUAAGUACUUACAUUUUAAACAAAAAGUAUUUAAAAUAAGCAUCUAUAUCUCUAUUUAUUAUGGCUCUUCCACCAACACUUCCUUAUUUUCAGAAAACAAUUUUUCUAUUAAGUGGCAGAAGCCAUCAGCUAAGAAGGCAGAGUGUAAAUGUUACCGCGGGAGGCUUGGCGACGGGAAUCCAACUUUACCCAGCGGGUGACUUCCCCUGGAUUCCAUCAGAACUCUACAAAACUGAAAUGGUUUUCUAAGCCUAGUGAGAUGGUUCUGGAUUAAAACCAGACUGAUGCUGCGCUAUUGAUUCCUGUUUUAGAGGAUUGAGUACAAAACGCUCAUUUUGGGUUUCCUUUGAAAACAGAUUUCUUUGUGAAAAUCAGCAAGAGUUGAACAUCCCUUUAGGAUUCAGAGAAAGCUCUGGGCUGCCCACAUAAAGCUACUUGACAGGAAGGCAGUCCCCUUACAGAAAUGGCCUAUGUAAGGGGCUCCUGGGUUCCCCUAAAGACAUUACAGCAAAUCUCUGGGCACGUAGCUGGUAAAAGACCUUCACUUUGGCUUCUAGAAUGGAGCAGAAAUUCAGGAAUUUGCUCCCUGCAAAAGAAAAUGAUUCACAGUCGAGUCGGAGUACGGGGCCCAGAGGAACGAUGUUAGAAUAAGCCCUGCUCGGCAGGGGGCUCCAGAGCCAAGCCGGUGUGUGGCCCAGACUGGCCGUGGCUGGGAAAGGCCGAUGUGCUCCGGGUGCUGGGCUUGCUCAGCUGCUCCUCACCUGGUGCUGCCAGCUGUGUCAGCUGCUUUUGUGAAAACCUCCAAAAAGUCACCCCCUGGGUAUUUCCAUUUCAGCUUCCUCUGCUGCCUGCCCCGGCACUGCAGAUGAAUGGUUCCUUUCAACGGUGGAGCCCCUAUGGGCAGGGCAGGGGCUUGCCCUAGUGCCUUCACCUGGGCCACUGGCCUGCCGACCAGAUCCACUGGCCUUGCCUCUUAGAUCCAGUGACUGAGUCAGCCUGCUGGGUGGGGGAGCUGAGAACUAGAGGGGAACAGGAAGGCGGUCGCAUCUGAAAGUCCAGGAGGGGCUGUUCUGUUCUGACCAGGCUGUGCCCGUUACACCUGCCCAGCCCCAAGGCUUUCUGUUCUCUUAGUGCCUUGAACAUUUACCUGUGUGCGUCGCUGGGUAACCCAAGUGUGACCUCUGUCUCCCCAGCUGCUACAGGCACAACAGUGUUCUCACCCCGUCCCUUUCUCACGCACUCUCUGAGCUUAGCCUUCGAAUGGAGUUUACCAGCCACUUUCUGCCUCCCUGUGCUUCUGAGGGUUUUUGUGUUUUUGUUUGUUUUGGUCUGUUGGUUCUAUUUUGUUUUUUAAUAAAGAUUAUGAUUUAGCCCAGGUGAGGGUACAAACAGAAUUCUUCAUAUGUUCACAACAAGAAAAACGAUUUUUACAAACUCCUCGUGGCGUAACAGUGUGAGUUUUUACACGUGCAAAAUUGUGAUGAAAACCCUGGCCAUCUGGGUGGAAGCCCAAGCCUCCCUAUUAUAAAUUAAAUAAAUUAUUUUUCUUCUGCGUGUUUCAUAAA